AUGGCUGAGGACCCGCCCCGCGAACCCCGAAUCGUCGUAAUUGACUACGAUUCCGGCAACUUAAGAAGCGUCGCCCGAGCCGUCGAGAAAGCCGGCGUCGUUCCGUGUGUGACGUCAGACCCGGCGCGAGUCGCUUCCGCAGACGCCGUCGUACUGCCCGGCGUUGGUUCCGGGCCGGCGGCAAUGUCAGCGCUUCGUUCACGCGGCCUGGUGCAACCUCUGCUGGAAUACAUCGCCAGUGGACGGCCGUUUUUGGGUGUUUGCCUCGGUUUGCAGCUCCUAUUGGAUGCUACCGACGAGGGCGAUGCCGAUUGCAUCGGCCUCGUUCCAGGACGGGUGAGACGCCUGCCGGAAGGCCGCAAAGUACCCCACAUGGGUUGGAACACCGUCCACUUUCAGUCGGAUCACCCAUUGUGGGCCGGCAUCCCCCAGGACAGUCAUUUCUACUUCGUGCACAGUUAUUAUGCCGACCCAACGCACCGCGACCACGUGGCCGGGCUCACCGACUACGGCGUGGAAUUUUGCAGUAUAUACGCCCGCGACAAUGUGGUAGCAACCCAAUUCCACCCCGAAAAGAGCGGCGAAAACGGGCUGCGAAUUUACGCCAACUUCGUCGAUCAGAUCACUGGCACGGUCGCAUAG